UGGGGCAGCCACAGCUCUGGGAUGGUCCUUACCCCUGUGUGUCCUCUCCUCCUCCUCCUGCUCUGUGGGCAGUGGGAAGACAUGCGUGUGCUGGAGACGGCCACGCUGCAGCACCACCGCUCCAUGAACCCCUGCCCGCUCUACGACGAGUUCACGGGCACCCUCUUCCUCUUCUUCAUCACGGUGCUGGGCAGGACGCCUGAAGCCUACCAGAUUGUCACCGGCCAGAACGUCACCCGCCUGUGCUGUGUCACCAGCGCUGACCAGGGCCUGAGCUGGAGCACGGCCACAGACCUGACACAGCAGGUCAUCGGGGCCACCAUCAAAG